UAUCCUGGCCAGAACAAACGAGUCUGGUUCGACGGCCUCGUCUUGUUGUUAGAAAUUCCACCAGCCCGACAGUCCCGACAGUUUCCAGUUCAAAGUUGGAGAUCGAGAUGGCCUCGGAGGAGGUGGAUUGUAUCAGCGAAUUGCCUGAUGAAAUUGUAACUCACAUCCUCUCUUAUCUACCUGUGGCAGACGCUUUUUCUUUCAAGUUAGUGUCUCGUAGAUGGAGCCGCAUCCAGGUUCCCCUCUCUAAUAUCUACUUCAGUGAUGAGACUAUAUUUGGAAAAACAAUUUUCUUCGAGGGAUGUAGUAAUCUUGAAAAGCUCAAGUCUGAAUUUGUUGAUAAAGUUGAUGGGUUCCUCAACUUGUUUAGAGGGCCGUAUCUUAAUACAUUCAUGGUGGAUUUCUGCCUGGAUAAUGAGUCUGCUCCUGCGAUCGAUAAGUGGGUCAGUUUCGCAGUUUCGAUGCAAGUUGAAUCAAUCGAGCUAGCCUUUAACAAUACAAACAGUCAAACCCUCUACAAGUUUCCUUUUGAUCUUCUUCCAGAACCCAAACCUUUCACUCGAUUGAAGCGUCUCAAGUUGUCAGCAUGCUCGCUGUUGCUGACACCUGAGUCUCCUCCUCCUUUCAAUUGCUUAAAGACCCUUGAAUUGAAGAAUCUUCCUUUAGACCAAACCAGUCUAGACGGCGUCCUUUCUUCUUGUUUGGACCUUGAAUGGCUGACAUUGGAGGAAUGUGAAUGGCCACGGACGCUGUGUGUGUCCAGCGCCGGAUUGAGAGGCUUACGCGUCCAUCAUCAUCUACCAACUAGCACUAUUGAGCUCAAUGCUACUCAACUCCAAACAAUUGAUCUUAAAGGUCGCGCAUUAAAGCUCUCCUUUUUGGUUGUUCCGCCUCUCGAAAGAGUCCAUCUUGCGUUUCUAAACCCAUAUGCGGCAAAGAUUUUCUUUGAUCUUCUACCAGCAGAGGUUCGUCCCAAAUUUCAAAUCCUGUCGCUGAAAUGGUUUACAGCUAAUAGUAUACAUGCAAGGAUCCCUGAAUUCAGCUGUCUCAAACAACUGGACUUUUUUAGUCCUAUAUACAGGGAAUUUGACCUCCUUUCAAUUACUAACCUUCUAAACGCUUGCCCCAUGCUGCAGAAGAUCCAUCUGAAUAUGAAUAUCUCUUCCAGACACUCGGAAAGCAGGAUCAUAGAGAAGGUGGAGUAUUCGAAUAACAUGAAAUAUUUACAUUUGGAAGAAAUAGAAAUCAGUAGAUUUCGCGGGACAUCGAAUCAAAUGAAGCUUGUCAUAUACCUUCUUAACAAUGCGGUGGCCCUUAAGCUUAUCACCCUCAUCUACUCUCAGUGUGAAUCACAUGAUUAUAAGUGGCGGAAUGUUGAGCAUCUAUCACAGUCUAAGUUGCUGAGUGAGAAGCAAGUCCAUGAAUUGCUUUGUAAAGUGAUGAUUAGCCAUGGGGCAGAGUUAAUUAUCUGUUAGAAACUUGGGUUUCUGAGUUGGUUGGUAUACUGAUUCCAUGUGUUUUGUAACAACUCUGCGAUGGCAUCUUCAGCAAUACCUGUAGUCUGCCCUCCUUCAGCGGUCUGUUCUCGAGGAAGAUUCAAUCAUCUCUUCUGUCACUGUUAUUUUGCAUAUGCUGUUCAAUUUCAUCUCCACUUACUCAGAAUCUUGUCAAAACACGAGCUGAGAUUCUGUUUGGAUUGCGAGAAAAUGUCCUCUAGAGGUUUUGUAUGUUUGAUUGUCGUUUGAAGUUUUUUUACAAUUGUUGAUGUGGUUGAUCUAAUUGCUUGGUUACUUUGGUAUGCUUGACCUUUGUU